GACGGAUGUGUCCGGCAAGCUCCAAGAGCCCAUUAAGAAUUUUGGAAUGAGAUCUGGAAAGAAAAGGUGAAGCCUUUGGUAGACUUCUCUGAGAAAGAUUGGCUACAUACCACAGAGAAGUCACGUAACGCUCUCAAUUCUGAUAAGCAGUUCACUCUACCCGACCUACCUGAUUAGGGGCUCCCUGUUGGGCAAAGGAUUAACAGCGGUGAUUGGCCAAACCAACAGUUCUAUAGCCAACUUAGGUAGGUAAAGAGAAAACCCCAUUGCGGGAAUCUCCUACAGCAACCCACGGUAUCCUCCGAUUGAUUUAUCUGCACUAAAAGUCUUGAGCUCCCAAGGAAAUAAAGCCGACGGUUUCCAGAGGGUUUGUCGAAUUAGUUUCACUUCCAGCCACUUGUAGUCUGAACUCCGGCUGAGUGCUCCUGCAAAAAGGUUCCCUAUUUGUCUUCGACUAUUUCAGAACUGUAAAUUGACUAGCAUUCUUUUUUCAUCAUGGCCACAGCACAGCCUGUUGUUGUGUCUUUGGCAGAUCUCAAGAGUGGAAAUGUCUCUAUUGAGACUUUACAAGAAGCAUUUGGCCCAGAAUCAUUGGGCAUACUCGUAGUAAAAGAUGUACCAGCUGAAUUCGCAGCUCUACGGCAUCGCCUCCUCUCUUAUGCUUCAUGGAUGGGCAAUCUCUCCGAAAAAGAAUUUGAGACGUUUACAAACGAAGCCGCCAAGUACCUUGUAGGAUGGUCAAAGGGCAAAGAGAAGCUAAAGGACGGCAGCGCAGACGAGUAUAAGGGGUCGUUCUAUGCCAACUGCGCAUUUUACGUCGAUCCCUCGUUGGAAUCAGCGGAGCCGACCGAGCAGUUCACCUUGGAGGAAUUCCCGGAGUAUCUCGCACCGAAUUCAUGGCCGCCCAAAGCGAUGCUGCCCGGGUUCAGACCCGUCAUGGAGCAAAUGUGUACCUUGAUUAUCGACACAGCUGUCCUUGUCGCGCGAGCCUGCGACAAGUUUGCAGAAAUGGAAAUCCCAGGGUACCCUAAGGCGUAUCUGGAGAAUGUAGUCAAAUCCUCAUCCACAACCAAGGCCAGGCUUCUCCAUUAUUAUCCCAUGCCAGAUGAGGUUUUAGCAAAGGGCAUGGAAGAGGAUAACUGGUGCGCGGUGCAUAAAGAUCAUGGAUGCCUGACUGGCCUGACCUCGGCCAUGUUCGUGGACGAGCUGAAGACGAAUGUCAAAUUGCCUAGCUUUGAAGGCGGCGAGCUGCCAGAAACCCUGCCUACACUAGAAGAACUCUCUGCAUCCCCUGAUCCUCAGUCUGGUCUGUGGAUCAAAGAUAGAAAGGGCGUCCCUGUCCAAGUCAAGAUUCCCCGAGACUGUAUCGCAUUUCAGACGGGUGAGGCUUUGGAACGGAUGACCAAUGGCAAGUUCAAGGCUGUGGAACAUUCAGUCAGAGGUGCUUAUGCCAAGGGGAUUGCACGGAAUACAUUGGCCGUCUUCACGCAGCCAAACCUGCAAGAUGAAGUCGACCUUGAGCAGCAUAUUAACUUCGGCGAAUUUGCGAGAGGUAUCAUAGCUAGGAAUACAGUAGGAUGACAGGGACUAAUCUAAUGCAAACCGAUUCACAUAUUGGUGUUUCAUGUGAAUGGAAUCAGAGCUUCUUGACAAAUACGAAUUUCUAAUUUCUUUCCUGCCUGACUAUGUGUAGUCAAGUAAGUAGGUACAUACCUAAGGUUAGGUGAUGUAUCACGUAUGUUGACCAUCUGACGCUGUGAAAUAUCUGAGGGGAGGUGGAAUAGCAGAUGUCAAAUCACUUGAAUAUGGCGCAGAUGGCGUCACUAGAGUUUCAUAUGCGUCUACUUACAAAAUGCAUUUUGUACUUGUUAUCCUGCUGCACCUCCCUCAGCUCCCCUCGGCGCGGGGCUACUACGUGACGUCGGAUUCUUCUCUCACCC